AUGUUCGCGCUUCCCCACACAGAGCCGCGUCUGCAGGACGGCGGCUCGACGGGCCGGUCGGGGGCGGUCACCGCCGGGCAGACACGCGCGGAGCGGCCGGCCGGGUGCGCGCGCCGGAGGGGCUGGGUCACAGAUCCCCCCCCGCCCCCGCGCCGGGGGCGGGGCCGCGCAGGGGCGGGGCUUGCGGGGGCGGGCCUCUCCGGGGUGGGGGCGGGGCCGCGCAGGGGGCGGGGCGCGAGCCGCGUGGGCAGAGUCCUCGCGCCCUCGGUCACCGUCUCCGCACCGUCACCUCGGCCGCCGGCCGCCUCUCGGCUCCCAAGCAGGCCCGGCCCGGGCGGGAGCCACAGCGAAGCCCUGGAGCAGCCGCCGUCGCCGCCGCCGCCGCCGUCGCGGGCGCCGAUGUCGCCCGGGCUGGGGAAGGCUGGCGUCGUUCCCAACCGCCGCCUGGGCUGCGUCCGCGGCGGGCCCUUGUCUUCCCCGCCCGGGCGCCGCGCCCGCCUGGCGUCGCCCGGGCCCAGCCACCCGUGCUCCGAGACCCGCGAGGAGUUGCGGCGCCGCCUGCGGGCCCUCAUCGACGGCAACCGAGUCAUGAUCUUCAGCAAGAGCUACUGUCCCCACAGCCAGCGGGUUAAAGAGCUCUUCGCUUCUCUGGGAGUCGACUACACUAUCUUGGAACUUGAUCAAGUCGAUGAUGGGGCCAGUAUCCAAGAGAUGCUGUUGGAAAUCACUAAUCAGAAAACUGUGCCGAACAUUUUUGUGAACAAAGUACACGUGGGUGGAUGUGACCGAAUUUUCCAGGCGCACCAGAACGGGCUUCUGCAGAAGCUGCUGCAGGAGGACGCGGCGCACGACUACGACCUCAUCGUCCUCGGCGGGGGCUCCGGGGGCCUCUCGUGCGCGAAGGAAGCUGCCGCUUUGGGGAAGAGAGUGAUGGUGCUGGACUUCGUGGUCCCCUCCCCGCACGGCUCGUCCUGGGGCCUCGGCGGCACCUGUGUCAACGUGGGCUGCAUCCCCAAGAAGCUGAUGCACCAGGCCGCCCUGCUGGGGCAGGCGCUCCACGACUCGAGGAAGUUCGGCUGGGAGUACUCUCAGCAGGUGAAGCACAACUGGGAGACGAUGACGCAAGCCAUCCAGAGCCACAUCGGCUCUCUGAGCUGGGGCUACCGGCUGUCCCUGCGGGAGAAGGGCGUGGCCUACGUCAACUCCUACGGGGAGUUUGUGGAGCCCCACAAAGUAAAGGCAACCAAUAAAAAAGGACAGGAAACGUAUCAUACUGCCUCCAAAUUUGUCAUCGCGACAGGUGAAAGGCCACGCUACUUAGGAAUCCAUGGAGAUAGAGAAUACUGUAUUACUAGCGACGAUCUCUUUUCUCUCCCCUACUGCCCCGGGAAGACCUUGGUGGUGGGCGCCUCCUACGUUGCUCUGGAGUGCGCCGGCUUCCUCGCUGGCUUCGGCUUGGACGUCACGGUCAUGGUGCGCUCGAUCCUCCUUCGUGGCUUUGACCAAGAAAUGGCAGAGAAAGUGGGCGCCUACAUGGAAAAGCACGGCGUGAAGUUCCUUAGAAAGUUCGUGCCUGUCAUGAUCCAGCAGUUGGAGAAAGGCUCACCUGGGAAGCUGAAAGUGGUGGCGAAGUCCACGGAAGGACCCGAGACCACCGAAGGCGUGUAUAACACAGUUUUGUUGGCAAUUGGUCGUGACUCGUGUACAAAGAAAAUAGGCUUGGAGAAGAUUGGUGUCAAAGUGAAUGAGAAGAAUGGCAAGAUACCAGUGAACGAUGUGGAGCAGACCAACGUGCCCUACGUCUACGCCAUCGGCGACGUGCUGGAGGACAGGCCGCAGCUCACGCCGGUGGCCAUUCAGGCCGGCAAGCUGCUGGCGCGGAGACUCUUUGGGACGUCUCUGGAAAAGUGUGAUUAUGCCAACGUGCCCACCACCGUGUUCACCCCCCUGGAGUACGGCUGCUGCGGACUCGCUGAGGAGAAAGCCGUUGAAGUUUACAGAAAGGAGAAUGUGGAGGUGUACCACACUUUGUUCUGGCCCCUGGAAUGGACCAUAGCUGGCAGAGACAACAACACUUGUUACGCAAAGAUAAUCUGCAACAAAUGUGACCACGACCGCGUCAUAGGACUUCACGUUCUUGGGCCGAAUGCCGGCGAGAUCACCCAGGGCUUUGCGGUUGCCAUGAAGUGUGGGCUCACGAAACAGCAGCUCAGUGACACCAUCGGGAUCCACCCCACGUGCGGGGAGGUGUUCACCACCCUGGAAAUCACAAAGUCCUCGGGGCUGGACAUCACGCAGAAGGGCUGCUGAGGUUAGCCCUGCUGCCGCCAGCCCCCCGUCCCUUCUCGGCCCUCUGGAAGACCAGGCGCCCUGUGCCCUCGACACCUGUCGACGCGGAGCCCGGCGAGGUGCUCCGAGAGAAGGCACAGCGAGAAGGACGGGACAGCGGCAGCAGGCCCUCGGCUGACUGCAGGCAGCAGGCGGACUGCGCCCUUGACGCCCUGGCCCCGAACCCGCACGGGCGAGCCACGGCCGACACUUGCACGUCAGACCUGCACCUCUUCAAGAACCUAGGACGGAUGGAUAGCCAGGGUGUCUUUUAUCCCCAAGGGUGUC